AUGGCCCGAACAUCCCCGGGGGGUUCAAACCACCAUCUCCAGAUAACCUUGCCCGCCCACACAUCCAUCACCAAAAGCUACAGUCAUGAAAACACCAAUCUUCUCCACUCCAGCAUCCCAUCGCCACUGCGCGGUUUUGACAAACAUUCAGACGAGAAGAGGCAUACCUCCGCCCACUAG